AUGGCCUCGUACUGCGGGGAAAUCGUCACAUUCCCUCCGAGCUCAUACUAUUCGCCUGAAAAACUCAUGCAAAUCGGGAAGACUGACGAUUUUCGGCCUCAGAUAUCGUUCACGUACAACAUUGGCCAAAAUGACACCGUCAGCUUGAUCGAUUUCGACACAUUUAGCGUCUCCACCAGCAGCGUCACGGAAGUUGAGGAAAAGCCUGGGUUCUGGUCGCGAGUACGCUGCGCGAUUUUGAGCAAAAUGGCAAGCGUUGGCCGAUUUAUCCUUUCUUGUUGCGGUUGGAAUUCUGCUGCCACCUCCGACUAG